AUGGCGACCGACGUCAAAUACAGGACCGACGACGCGUCCAACAACAACGUGAUCGGAAAAAAAGCUCAAUUGUUCCCGAAAAAAGCCGAAGUCGACUUGUCUUUUGAAAAUCUCUCCUAUACCGUAAACACGUUCAGCAAGUUCAAAAAAGUGAAAAAAGAGAUUUUGCACGGCAUCAACGGCAAUUUCCGGUCUGGACAACUAACAGCCGUCAUGGGGCCGUCGGGCUGCGGCAAGAGCACAUUACUCAACGUUCUCGCCGGAUACUCGAUAAGUGGAAGUUCGGGUCAAGUGUAUUUGAACGACUCGUUGCGAGAUGAAAAACAAAUGGCCAACAUCAGCUGUUACAUACAGCAGGAUGAUUACGUUCGAGACCUGUUGACCGUCAGGGAAUCGAUGACGGUGGCGGCCCACCUCAAGUUACCGACAACUGUGUCAGCUGUAUCAAAGGCCAGCCAAGUGGAGGACCUGCUGGACGCGUUGGGGCUGUCCAUCCACGGAGACACCGUUACCAAAAGGCUCUCCGGAGGCCAGAAAAAGAGACUGUCAAUCGCCUUAGAACUUAUAACCAACCCGUCGAUAUUAUUCCUAGACGAGCCCACCACUGGUUUAGAUAGCCAAUCUUGCAGCCAGUUCGUAUCACUGAUGGCUGACCUAGCCCACAACCAAAGCCGUACCAUGGUGUGCACACUGCACCAGCCCAGUGCUUUACUGUUUGAAAAGUUUGACCAAAUUUAUGCGUUGAGCUCGGGCCAGUGCAUCUACCAAGGACCUCCCAACUUCGUUAUCCCUUACUUUGCCGAACGGACCAUCGUAUGUCCACCAUACCACAAUCCUGCAGACUUCUUGAUCGAAGUGGCAAUAGGCGAGUAUGGUACUGAUGUACUGGUCAAACUGGCUGAUACAACAAAAAUCUCAUACAUUAAGGACCACAAUAACUGCCAUUUAAUUUCCGGGGAUCAAGAAUUACAACUAGAAAAUGGCACAUGCUUGAAAAAUAAUAAUAUUGCCGACAAGAAACAAACAUUCAAAUCCAAGAUUUUAAACAAACCUCCGUAUUAUUUACAAGCCUAUCAUUUGUAUUUGCGAAAUGUAAUCAUGUACAAACGUAACAAAUCAAACCUUAUGUUGCGGGUUCUCGCACAUUUCGUCAUUGCCCUAAUUUUUGGAUACCUCUACCGUGGUGUGGGCAAUAAUGCGUCGUUGGUGAUCAGCAACAUGGUGUUUGUGUAUGGUACCAAUUUGUUUUUGGUUUACACCGGUCAGAUGGCCGUUAUCGUGUCUUUUCCAUUAGAGUACAAGGUCUUGAAGCGGGAACACUUUAACAGUUGGUUCACACUUUUUCCGUACAUGAUAUCCAUAUUGCUGGUUGAAAUACCGUUUCAGAUACUGUGUUGCCUCGUCUACAUUGUGCCUUCGUAUAUCAUGACUAGCCAACCACUGGAAUUGAUGAGAUUCAGUUACUUCACUAUAUUCCUGGUAGUAACUUCCCUGACGUCACAGAGUACCGGGUUCUUGUGCGGUGCUACUAUGCCAGUCAAAGUGUCUGUAUUCGUCGGACCGGUAUUCGUGGUGCUCCUGUCCGUGUUCGGGUUUGCGAUACGAUUUACGGACAUACCCGCCAUUUACGUGUGGCUUCACUAUUUCAGUUUCGUACGAGGAUCGUUCCAGAGCCUGGUGUACACGCUGUACGGUUUCGGCAGAGGCGUCUUGCCGUGCUCCGACGAGAUGUACUGUCACUACAAGAACCCGAUGAAGUUUCUCACCGAAAUGGAGUUCGCCCAGGUGAACAUCUAUCCCGAAUUUUUCUACAUAUGCUUCUUUUUCCUGUGCACUUACGUGCUGACCACAACGGUCAUAUGGUACAGGCUGAACAAGCGGUAG